AUGACUGAAAAAACAGAUGCAGAAUGCGAAGAAGCCUUGCGGUCUUUUGCUCGAAUAACUGGUACCGAUGAAGCCUGCGCACAUUUUUUUCUCCAGGAUGUGAAUUGGAAUUUGCAGGACGCUUUAGAUGCUUUUCAUGAAGCCGCUAAGGACAUUCCCGAAAUGAAGAACAGUCUCCCCAAGAAUCCAAGCACCUCUACGGGCCCCAGCUCCUCGCAAGCAAAGAGUACAGCAUCGACCUUUACUCUUAUGUCGUGGAAUGUUGACGGUCUUGACAGUGCCAAUUUAAAAACCCGAUUUACUGCAGUGUGUUACAUAAUUUCACAGUAUUUAAGGAUUAGCCCUGAUGUGGUAUUUCUCCAGGAGAUAACUCCUCCGCUCUCAAAGUUGCUGAGGGAAAAUCUUGGUGGGGAGUACAGUGUCCUUUUAGCUUCUCCUAACCAGGAAUACUUUACUGGAAUCUUACUGAAGCCAACUGUCGAUUAUGUUAGUCACGCAUGUGUUCCUUACGCACAUACUUCGAUGGGUCGUUCCAUGGAAACUCGCAUAUUUCAGGCGUAUAUUGGAGGGAAGAAGUUGCGACUCUUAAAUACUCAUCUUGAAAGUGGUGCGGAUUUUAGCGAUACAAGAACGAUACAGUUGAAGGAAUGUUUUGAUCAGUUAUCAUGUUGGGAUGAUGGCGAAACAUUUGUUGUGUUUGGUGGUGAUCUUAACUUACGUGACAAAGAGGUCAAAGACAUUCCCGAAGGAUUUCAAGAUGCGUGGGUAUCUAGCGGUUCUAAUAAGAAUAUGAAGUUUACGUGGGACACAUUAAAGAAUGAUAACAAAUCAGUCCCUCCAGGUCCUAGAUGCCGUUUUGACAGGAUUUUUUACAAGUGCAAUGGAGCGUUCUCGUCGGUUGAUUUUGCUCUAGAAGGAAAGAAAAGGAUUCGGUCAAGUCUAUGUUUUCCAAGUGACCACUGGGGCAUUGUUGUCACGUUCUACUAA